AUGAAGUGGAGAGUCAAGAGAGCUUUUAUCAAGACAAUAUUCAUAUCGCUCAUAGCUGUGGCAUUCAUAGCUGCUGCAUCCUUUACCCGGCCUUCUCUCAAACCACCACAAGCACCCGAAGUAACCCAAGCACCCCAGGCAGACAAGAACUCACCUAAAACCAUGAAGCUUUCUCUUUGGCUUAUGCCGCCACCUCAUGUUGCUACCGCCCUGGAACAACGAAUCUCCUUCUAUUCAAAGACCUCGGGUGGUCCUUACUUUGAUCCCCAUGUGACUGUUCUGGGUGACAUAACAUGCGAAUCUAGGGAUCAUGCUACGAAGAUUGUCAGUGUCCUACAACAGGAUCUUUCUGGAUUUGGAGAAAUAGACGCAGUUUUCCAUCCUAAAGCUCAGAACCUAGACGCAUGGAACCAAGCAUUGGUGGUGGAAAUGGUUGCGACUCCAAAAUUUGUAGAACUAUGCGAGCGCGUCCGAGAACUACUGCAGAUGGAUUCGACGACAGGCUUAUUUCCACCCCCUUUGAGGGCACCGCACAUGUCAUUGUUUUAUGGCGUCGACAACGUGCCAAAGGCAGAGGGAGUGGAGGCGAUACCCAACUUCAAUUCCGAUACACUUGCUCUGUGGAUAACAGAGCCGACAUAUGCUGAUGGGGUACAUCAAUGGGAGUUUCUUGAUAACGUCUUUCUUGUAUAG